UCUCCUCCCGAUAAGACUGAUACGGCUAUAAUUUCGACCUUAAAUCACGACUGAGCCAUAAUGAAGCUUCAUUUGGCUUUCUGCCUAGUCUUUGUACUGGCAACAGCUGAGGCUGUCGGCGCAUCCAGCUGGUUCAGCAAAGCUGUAUACAACAAAUGGCACGAAACUGAGUUGGAAAGAUGGCUUGCCGACCAUGACAUUCCUUACCCCUCGCCUGCCGACCGUAAAGAUCUUGAGAGCUUGGUGAAGACAAACUGGGAUGCUAAGGUUCAGAAGCCUCUGGGACAUGCUGUGGAACAAUCUCCGGACCACUGGCACAAUGCUAAGGAAUGGCUCUUUGACACAUGGUCGGACUCCCAGCUCAAGGCCUUCCUUGAUCGUCAUGGCAUUCCCGCUCCUCAGCCACGCAAGCGUGACACUCUUCUCAAGGCUGUCCGCGAGAACUACGAAACCAUUGCCCAAAAGCUUGGCGAGGCCAUUUCUUACCCUGGUAACUGGGUGUAUGCUCAGUGGUCUGAGUCUGAUUUGAAGGAGUGGCUCGAUGAGCGUGGCUGGCCUGUUCCUCAGCCCUCCACUCGCGACAAGCUCAUCGCCACCGUUCGCCGUAACGCCCGACUGGCUGGACUGCAGGCUAAGGCCAUUGCUGCUUCUGCCUCUGCUUCUGCCGACAAGGCCCAGGCUACUUUGAGUGAAGCUUUGUUCAGCGCUUGGUCCGACUCCGACCUGAAGAAGUUCCUCGAUGAGCACGGUGUGAAGGUCCCUCAGGGCUCUAAGCGCAACGAGCUUGUAGCUCUAGCGAGAAAGCACCGUGCCUCUCUGGUCAGCCAGGCUUCGACUGCUGCUGCUACCGCUUCUGCGAGCCUCUCCUCCACUGCCAGUGAAUUUAUCGGUGCCGCCACCACCAAGGCUGGCAACGAGUUCACCCGCGCCACUGACGUUGCUCAGUACAAGGGACAGGAAGCCUUUGACUCUCUUAUUGCGUCUUGGUCCGAUUCUCGUCUCAAGGCAUACCUUGACGCCCGCGGUGUUCCCGUGCCUCAGAACGGCAAGCGCGAUGAGCUCCUGGCACAGGUCCGUCUGAACGCCCACAAGGCUGCCACUGGCUGGAGUGCCUGGACUUUCGACACCUGGGACACUGAGCACCUGAAGAAGUAUCUCGCUUCCAUGAACUCGAAGGCUGCCCACCAGGCCGACAUUACCCGUGAAGAGCUUGUCAAGCAGGCUCAGGACACCUAUGCCCAGGCCUCCAAGGCUGGCGGUGACCAGCUGGCUUCCGCUACCUCUUACAUGGCUCAGGCUACCGAUGUCGCUAAGGGCUCUGCCUUUGACUCUUGGUCUCACUCCGAUCUCAAGGCAUACCUUGACUCGUAUGGUAUCCCCGUCUACCAGGGCUCCAGCAUCAACGAGCUCAAGGCCGCGGCCCGCCGCAACGCUGAGUACUUCAGACACGGAACCUCCACUCCUCAGGGUACCAUCCUCGCCAAGCUCCAGGAUAAGCUUUCGGACCUUUCCCAGUGGGUUUGGGAGCAAGUCAAGGUUGGAGCCGCAAGCGGCAGGGCCCACGGUCAGGAGGCCGCUGAGAAGGCUUCUGAGGUCGCGAAGGAACAAGCUAAGACGCAGGGCUUCAAGGUCGCGGACAAGGUGAAGACCAAGGGUGCCGAGGCUUCCGCGAGCCUGCGCAAGGAGUUGUAAAGUGUGGUUUUCUGCAAUGUGAGGGUGGAUUACAAAGAACUGGGGUAUGGUGGUGCUGGUGGGACAUGAUUUUAUGACUUAACGUAAUAGUUAUUGGUUGGCAAAUUAGUCUCGAAAUUUACUUUAUUUCCUCUU